AUGGCGACGAACCUACAAAAUGGAGCAAACGUCGACCCUGACCAACUUUUUACCAAGUAUACGAUCGCUGAAGUCAGGGAGAAACAAAUUCAGCUGAGCGCUGAUGCCGAGGCGAAGCAAGAGGAACUCCGUGUUAUGGUCGGGGAGCGCUAUCGCGAGUUAUUGCAAUCCUCGACUGUGAUAAUAUCCGUUGCGUCCUCUGCGAAGCGCGUUCACGAUGCCCUGGAUGAAAUAAAGGAUGCUAUCCAGUCACAGCAGCGUCCCCCCGUGCGGAAUCGUGUUUCGAACACUGCUAAACAGGAUUCGCAUCUACAUACUUUACAAGUUCUUUGUGCGCACAUAAAGUUAUUGCUGGACGCUCCAGAACAGCUAUGGCGGUUAAUAGAGAGGGAAAAAUAUUUCCAAGCUGCCUGGUUAUUCCUUUUGGCUCGUGUCGUCCAUCGUGCCUUGAUACGAGACGAUGCGCAGGAUGAGGAGAGUUGGCUUAAUCAGGGUGUGGAUGUCCUUGAGCAAUUCCCUUUGAUCCAAAGGCAAUGGGAGUCAGUGUCACAUUUCCGCACUCAGAUCAUACAUAGGGCAACGUUGUCUUUGAGGGCAACCGAGAAGUCAUACGAGGAUACCUGUGCCACGUUACUGACCCUUCACAUACUCGAGUCGCGACCAUUAACGGACACUCUGACCAUUUAUCUGUCUCAACGCACAAAAACUUUGAACGCCUUACUUUCUAAAGGUAGUGAGGUCCUCUGGGAAAUCUCGCGAACAACUGGAAUAUCAACACAUUUUCACACGAAAGACGAGGUGAAGCGCUCCGUACAGAGUCUUCUGGCUGUUAUCUCGGACACUCUCAACAUUUCUCGCAAGAUAUUUGCUGCCCCGUCCGCCAAGCCUUUAGCGACUCAGGUACUGGAAUAUAUACAAGAAGACUCACCUUCAACACCAGCCCAGACACUGCCUGUAGGAUUUCUCGUCAAUACGCAAACUAUUAUAGCAAUGCUUCCGUCUUCCACGUAUUUGUCUCUUCUACCCCCAAACAUCAAGUCGUACAAACCUUUUGUUGACCUGUCGUCGUCUUCGUCGAAUCUCUGUAUUGAAACCUUGGAGGAAAAGCUAGGCGAUUGGUUCACUUACUCAACUGCAAAUCUGCGGGAUGCAAUACAACGAGCGCUCUCGUCACUUCAUAGUGUCGUCGGAGCGUGGAGGGUCCGAUUGGCUUUGAAAAAGUGGAUUUCUCGAUGUGGAUUGAAUGAUGACGAACAGUCAGUUCUUAGUCGCUUUGUGGACGAGGCUGCGGGGGAACGCAUUAUGAGCAUAUGGAAAUCAGCUCUUGUGCAUGCAGAGGGAGCUUUCGUCGAGCAACUGAAAGUCAUACGACCCGAAGAAGUGGAAGGUACAGUGACGAGCUUAGCACUUAUGUAUUCCCCACUACCUGUUCUAGCCCACCCGCCCCCUGGAAGUGGACCCUCUUCUUUCGAAGCGUCAUUCCAGGCGCUCAGAGCUCAUUUGACAAGGCGGCUUCAAGGGCGGACACCCCGCCUCCAAGAGGUUCUGACUCUUUUGGAGGAUACUGCAGUUGCGGUACAGAGGGAUCUUUCCCGGAUCUCAGGCAAGGAGGAACCGAACCAGUUGAUUGACGAUCUAGUUGAAGCUUAUCGCCCAGAAGCGGAAAAUUUGUGCUCGAAGAUUGUCGACACCCUUACCGAGUCAAUUGACCGGCUCGUGAAAAACUUAGGUCCGUUACGUUUAGCCCAGUGUUUGGUUUUUCACGGUCGGCUGGCUCUCGAAUUGUCUACCAGUUCUUUCGCUUCGGGCAUUGGUUGUGGACAUGCUAGAGAAAGUGACUUUCGACAGGAAACCGCUGCGCUGUUCGCACGAGUUAUGGAACGCUGGAAGGACCACGCGGCUUCCAGCGAGAUCGCCAGAUAUACUGAAGGAACAAUCGCAUUGCAAUCUCGCCUCACAGGUACGGUGAUUGCGAGUGCAGGCCCAUCCCUCCUGAUGUUGGAAUGCCUUUACUCCCUUUCUUCUUCGUUACAUACCUUGGGCUUGGUCCAUCAUUCCCUACCCUUUAGCCGCGUGGCGUUCGAAACCUUAACCAAGUUUUCUGCUUCGUUUGUGGAUGCUGUCGACGACGGCUUAUUCUUGGACCAUCAUCAAGCGCUCUUCGACUUCUACUUCCUUCGUCGGGUGAUCUCGACAUGGGGGAGAGACUCGGAGGUAUUGCUCGACAAGGCUAUUGCUCAUGCAGAAGCAGAAGUAAGCACGCUUUCAAGUCUUCGCUCCCCGGAACAGUCGCAUCACGACCUUGAUCGCAGCGCUUCGGAGACGCUGGCACGGACUCAAAUGCUCAUAACAGCACUCCUCCCCGUCUCCUCUACGCAGCCUGCAAACGACAGCGGUGAUAAACUGGCCGCGUUGUUGUCGCACGGUGUGCCUAAUGUGGACGCAACAUUUAUCCCUGCUGUCAACCUUACCCAACCGUCCUCGCGGUUUCCGCUGUUGCUCAUUGACAGACGAUAG